UCCCUCUCUGAAUUUUUCAUCAAAACAUCAGAGACAGGAAAAUUACCCCGUAUUAAAAUCAACCGGUCAUCCCAAAAUAUCAGUGAUAUAUCUGUUCUAUAUCUUUGCUAUAUCCGCGAUAUAUCAGUGAAAUGUCACUGAAUCGUCAGCUGUCAAUGAAGUCAUCAAUAAUUCCAUUUCCAAUUCCCCACCAGAACGGGGGCUCUCAGUAGGGCCCUGAGGUACACGAUAAUGAGGAUAAGGUAGUGGUAAAACGGGGAGAGGGCACCGAGAUAUUGAUUGAAGGGAGGAGUUUCGCGCAAACUCAGUUCCAUACGAUAUAGACACAUAAUAACUACAUCUCUACAUUUAUCGGGGCACCCGUAAAUUCUCAGAGUGUUGGUUACUCAGGAGACGGAAUUGUUGGGCGACUGAGUUUGUGGGGCUGAUAGCCCUUGGAAUUUUCGUGACUCCGGGGGGGGAGGGGGGAGGGCAGGGGUGAAAAUCACCAGGAGGAUUCACAGAAGGGGUGGUGAAGUGAUAUCGAAAAAUUUAAACUUCUGGGUGAGUGAUUCGAGCGUUCAGCAACUGGAAUAAUGGCUCAAACGAACAAGGUGUGACGAGCUAGUGGAUGGGCCUGGCGGAAGUGAAUGUAACAACCGAGAGGAAAGACAGAGUAGGGGGGCCACGAAUAAUAAAAUAAAGAGGAUAAUAAAGGGGAGAAAAAAAAAAGUGAAAAGGAUAUUGGUCGCGCCCAGUGGAGUCAUGUCGGGCUUGAAGCGUAAUCAAAGUUUGAGAGGUGUAUGAAAUUGAGGGUUUCAUUGGUUUGUACGGUGCAUUGAAGGGAAUAACGGUGAUAAGAUUAACUUUGAAGAUGUCAGACAGUGAGGAUACAGAUGCAUCAGGGGCAACCGAGUGGCCGGCAACGCCUGUCACCAAGGAAUGGCUCGAGAAUAUUCUCAUGAUUCAUCAUGGUGAGGGAUCUGUCAUCCACGUCGAUGAUUUUGAGGUGAAUCCAGGGUGCACUGCUGGCGAAUCUGUACUCAGUGAUAUUCUAGCUGUCACCAUUGACUACACCGUCAGCGACGAGAAGAAUCGUCUGAAUGUCAUUGUCAAAUUACUUCCUCAAGAUCCGUUCAAUCGUUUCUUCGUCACUGAGGCGCAGUUUGAUUUACGAGAGAUCAAAUUUUACACUCAGGUGGUGGCAGAUUUGGAGGCAUUCCAAAAGAAACAGAUUGCGUCCGAGACAGAGUGCAUUGAGCUUCCAAUUCCAAAAUGCAUUCACGCUCAUUACAAAGCAGCUGGUGGUACUGAGGAUACACCAGAGCCACCCGAGUCAUUUCUCGUGCUAGAGAACCUACGUAAUCGUGGCUUCGAGGGUGCACAAUUCUCUCGUGGCUUGACAUUAAGACAAACCGAAGCAGCAUUGAGCGCAGUCGCGUGUCUUCACGCUCUAUCACUUACGCUUAAGGUCAGAGAGGCAACACCACUGUCAGAGCGUUAUCAAUUUUUAUUUCAGACAGCGAGGGCAACGGACUCAUAUCAAAUGCUUGUUGAGAGAGGUUUACCACAGCUGGCCCACUUUCUGGAGCGUCGACCAGGUCUCGAGGCUGUCCUCGAGGCCCUCCUCGCACUCAGACCCAAAACCAAAGAGAUAAUAUCAUCUCUACUUGCACCUGAGGAUCCCCUCGCUCUCAUCACUCACACUGAUUUCUGGUGCAACAAUCUUCUGUUCAAAAACGAUGACGAGGGAAAUUGCAAAUGCGCUAUUCUCGAUUGGCAGAUGGUGACUUACAGUCGACCCACUAAUGAUAUUGCACUUCUACUUGUGAGCUCAGUGCCCACUGAAUUGAGACGGAUAAAUACACCUGGACUACUCGACAAGUACUGGGAAACACUGACCACAACUUGUCGCUCCCUUGGGCUCGAUAUAUCGGAGGAAUUGGGAUAUACCAGGGAUGAUCUUGACAGGGACUAUCGGAGAUCUCAGCUUUUAGCACUUUUAUUGUGUAUUGGGUCUGUCGAUGUUGCCUUUGGGGAUCCACUCACUGAGCAGAGGCUCAUUGAUGUUCUCGAGGAUUUUCACAGGGAUGGGGUGCUCAAUGUCGACAGCAUCGAGGCAGCCAAGUAGAUUUAAUGAGGAAAUUUGCCGGGUAUUGAGUAAUGAGUCUUGUCGAACAUUUUUCAAACAUUGUAAUUGAAAGUGAAUAUAUGUGAUGUUUAUCCACUAUAAGUUUUCACGGUUCGAGUUGUGUUUUUAUUUUAUUGGGUUUUUAAGGAUAGUAGUGGAUUUUUAAUGUUUAUCGUUUUUUUUAUUUUUCACUUUUCAGACGUGAGGUAUGUCGGAGGGGUAGUGAGCCGGGUUUUGUGGGGGAGAGCAAAUUCCUCGAUACUGAGGCUCUAGUGGCUUUGGGGCAGCUUUCCGAGAUUUUAAGAGAAAACGAGUAGUGAAAUGUAUUUGCAUAUGCUCAGCUGAAUGAAAGUUUAAGGAUAAAUGGGAGAAAUCGAAAUUGUAAUUUAAUUCACGUAGCUGUUGAAUCGAGAAUAAAUAAUAAGGGGACUGUUUUUAAUUAUUUACGGAGAUGAGCGUUCUCUCGAUAUUUUCUUUGAAAGUAAUAGUGUUUAAGAUUUUGUAUGUUUCGUCACUGGCGUUUUGUGGUCAACUUUGUACAUGUCUCGAGUUUUUUAACGUCGAAAUAUUAUCGAGGCUGUAUACUGAUUGAGCUAUUAAUAUAUGAAUGAGUAUUUUUUUUUUUCGAUGAUCAUGACGAAUUUCCAAUUAAUCCCUGAAGAUCAGUGGAUUGAGAAAUGUGGAUUUUAUUUGGAGAAAUGUCUUUUAAUGUCAGAUACCCCCAGGUGCAAAAUAAAUCUUUGUUCCACCCGA